AUGAAAAAUUGGAGCUCACUUGUGGCCAUUUUUACGGCUUUCACAUUAACAACACUUACAUUCGCUGCUGAGGUCACUGAUGUUUUUCAAAGUUUUGAUAGCUUGACCUGGGAAAAUGGAGCUACAUACCAAUACAGUACACCAGCCGCUCCAAGUUGGAUUGCAACUUUGUCGUGGAAGGUUUUGGGUUCAAAUGUUCAUGCAGGUGAUACAUUUACAUUAAACAUGCCUUGCGUUUUCAAGUUUACAACAACUCAAGACAGUGUCGACUUGAAUGUUGGUGAUACUGUUUAUGCUACAUGCCAGUUUGCUCCUGGUGAUUUGGUUGUUGCUUACUCUCAAUUAAAGUGUACUGCUAGCAACAAUGUCAAAGAUAGCACAAAUGCCGCUGGUUCAGUACAUUUUCCGAUCGCUUUUAAUGUUGGUGGAUCUGCAGGAGAAGUUGAUUUGCAAGACUCGAAAUGUUUUACUGCUGGUACUAAUCAAGUUACUUUUACUGAUGGUGAUAAGAAAUUGACCACCACUGCAAACUUUCAAGGCGGUUCCAACACCAAUGGAGGCAUUUCGACUGAUACAAUUGUCUACAAUAAUCGUGUUGUCCCAUCUUUGAACAAGCAGCAGUUAUACUUGCUUGGAGGAACCUGUGACAAUGGAUACAGAAGUGGAACUUUGGGUAUUACAGUCAGUGGAGGAACACUUGAUUGCUCAACGCUCCAUGCUUCCAUCACAGAUCAAUUGAAUGCUUGGUUUUUACCUGAAGAGGCAGAAGCAAUUUCUGCUUCCACCAGUUGUAAUGAAGGGUCUUAUACAAUUAAUUACAGCAAUAUUCCUGCAGGUUAUAGACCAUUCUUGGAUAUUUUGGUUUCAGUUCCUACUGGUCAAAGUUUACAAACAUCUUAUACUAACACAUACUUGUGUGCUGGAGAUUCGUUUCCUAACGAUGGAUCAAGAUCUGUUACUUGGUCACCAUACAACAAUAACGAUGCUGGUGCCAACGGUAAUGAAGUCGUUGUCACUACUUCUACAUACUAUGGAUCAACUACAUCAGUAACUACUUUGCCAUUCAAUACUGAACCGGGUAACACCAAAACUAUUGUUGUUGAUGUCCCCAUUCCAACCACCACGGUUACUUCAAGCUACACUGGUGUUUCAACAUGGACUACCACCAUUACGGCUAUAGCCGGGGAGACUGCUACAGUGGUUGAGUGGGAUCCGAUAACUCUUACUGUGAGCUCCGAACCACCAAGUUCAUCAGAGCCUCCAAGCUCAUCGGAAUCAGAAUCAAGUUCAGAACCA